UAAAUAAAUAAAUAAACUUCAUAAAUAUUUAAAAGGGGAAUCCACUCCAGAAAACUUUGAAACGCAAAUGGAUAAUAUAACAUUUAUCCCUGAACCAAUACACAACUCCGCCGAAAACACAAUAAUAUACAAAAUGACUGAUAAUAAAAGACCAUAUUUCAAACCAAACAAUUUUGCUGGUUCGAUCUCGGAAAGUAUCGACUCGUUCUUAAAAAAAUAUGAUAGGGCUGCCAUCAUAAAUGGGUGGUCAGAGUCUGAAAAGACUCAAUUUAUUCCGGUAUUUUUAGAGGGCUCCGCCCUUACUUUUUAUGAUAAUAUUAUGGAUAGUGGGGAAAACAUAGAAUGGGCUGACUUAGAAAAAAAAUUCAGAUUAGAAUUUGAGCCAAUAGCUCAAAAUGACAUACUUCGAUUAAUGUUAAAAAAACGGAAGCAAUUACCCGAUGAACCCACCGUAGCAUAUAUCAACGAGGUCGAAUCUCUAUGCAGACGCAUUGAUAGCAGAAUGUCCCAGGAAGAAAUGAUACACAAUAUAAUGAAAGGCUUAAACCCCUCCAUAGCGAGAUACAUAGGAAUAAUGGAUAAUGCUAACUUAACAGAAUUAAAAAACAACGUACGCAAGUACGAAAUGAUUGAAUUUAUGAUAACAGGUGAAACACCUAAAUCUCAAUUCGACAUAGAAACAGAAACAAUAAAGUCCAAACUUCAACAAAUAAACUCAAAUAAAAACACAAAAGAAAAUGAGAUCGACAAAUUGCACGAUGAGAUUAAAGACAUAAAGACCAUAUUUAGUCAAUUUUUAAACAAGGAAACAAAUACAAAUUAUCAAGGUAAUAUUGUAGACAGAAAUCCCUACGAAAAUAAUGAUAGCCAAAAUCAAAACAAUUUCAAUAACCAACAGUGGCAUACACAAAUGCCUCAAAUGUAUAAUAUGCCAUAUAAUAAUACAAAUAACACACAAUAUUGGAAUACAGGCCCUCGAGAACCCUCCGAAGAACAGGAGGAAGGUAAUAACGCAAUAACAAGUACAUUCAAUAUUUAUUAA